CAAGAGCCGGGAGCGACGCUGGAGGAAAUCACGAACGGGAUGAAACACGUGAGACCCGGGAAAGGCUUCGAGCCCAACUUCCCCCUCUACAAGAAGAUCGAGACGAACGGGAAGGGCCAGCAUCCCCUCUACGAAUACCUCAAGAGCGCGUGCCCGUCAACUUCGAGCAAGUUCUAUCGCACGAGUCGGCUCUUCUACGAACCGCUGGACGGCCGAGACAUCCGCUGGAACUUCGAGAAGUUCCUCGUCGACGGGAACGGGAAGCCGUUCAAGCGGAUCCACCCCAACCAGCUUCCCUCGACCAUGGAGAAGGACGUGGCCCUCCUCGUCCAGCGGCUACGGGAAAACGCGACGACUGCGACGAACGCGGCGACGACGGCUGCGACGACCGAGGAGGCUCCCACCGCCAACGCCACCGCGAUCCCCCGGAUCCUCCCAUUCCCCUUCUUCCCCAUCUCCGGUUUCACCUAA